UUGAAAGUAAAAGAAUCAAAGAACAAGAUUACUAAGAAAACACCAGAAGAUUACCUGUGCUUAGCAAGAUACGAUGUCGUCAAAAUUGGAGCAUCAGAAAAACUAAUUAUUCCGGUGAAAAACGAAGGUGAUCCCAUUAUUUACUACGCUCACUUAGACGAAACUUUUCAAAUAAUCCACGACUUUCAUAUUAGUAUUGGACACAGCGGUAGAGUCAGAAUGAUGAAAGAUUUAAAAUUAAGAUAUAAAAAUGUAACUGCUGAACUCGUUACAGUGUAUUUGAAUCUGAGUGAAUCUUGUCAGAAAAAAAAGUUUGCCAAAAAAGGUCUAGUUGUAAAACCGAUUAUCAGCAACGAGCUUAAUUCAAGGUGUCAAGUUGAUCUAAUAGACAUUCAAUCACAAGAUGAUGGUGAUUAUAAAUUCAUCAUGGUGUAUCAAGAUCACCUAACAAAAUUCGUGCAGCUGCGGUUGUUAAAAAGCAAGCGAGCAGAAGAGGUAGCGUAUCAUUUACUUGACAUUUUUACUACAUUCGGAGCGCCUAGUAUUUUGCAAAGCGAUAAUGGUAGGGAAUUUGCUAACAAAGUGGUCAAAGAAGCCUGUGCGAUGUGGCCGGAAUUAAAAAUCGUUCAUGGUAAACCCCGACACUCUCAAUCACAAGGGUCUGUUAAAAGGUCUAACCGAGACAUCGAGAAGAUCCUUUGUACUUGGCUGGAAUCUAACAAGACGACGAAAUGGUCUGAAGGAUUACGCUUUAUUCAAUUUAUGAAGAACAGAGCGUAUCACGCAGGGAUAAAUCGUAGCCCUUUCGAAGCAAUGUUUGGCUGUAAAGCUAAAGUCGGAUUAAAUAGUCUUCCUAAAGACGCGCUAGUUGAACUGUCAACAGAAGAAGAGCUAGAAUCUAUACUGAAUGAAGACGAAAACCAGUUGAAUAAGGAGAGAGAAACCGAACCCAAUAUUACCGACGCUGUGAUUAAUGAAGAUGAACAAAUAGAAAGCGAUACUACAAUUUUGAACACUGAUUCGCAAAAUGAAAUUCCAAAUAACCUGACAGGAAAAUCUGAUAAAGAGACCGAAAACCAAGGAAAUACUAUAGAUCCGUCAAAAAUAACGCAAAGUGACCAAGAAAUAGUAAUUGCUCACGAUAAAAAGAAACAACUUAGGACAAUCUCUGAAAAAGCAAGCAGAUAA